AUGCCUGUUAUCGAUGGCGAAAAAUGGGCUUGCUCAUCCUGCAUCAAGGGUCACCGAGUAAGCGGUUGCAAUCACACGGAUCGUGAUCUCCACCAUAUCAACCCCAAGGGCCGUCCGGUCAAGCAAUGCGAACACUGUCGCGGUGCGCGCAAGUCCAAGUCCCACCACGCCAAAUGCGACUGUGGCGACAAGAAGGACAAGGACUCGCACAAGGACAAAAGCGAGGCGAAGACCCACGACAACCGAUGCCAGUGCCAUUCGGGUGGAAAAUGCCUGUGCGGCACCAAGAAGGAUGACCUUGAUCUCAAGGUGGAUACCUCCCGCCAGACUCUCCACGACGCCCGUGCCAAGCCCAAACUGACUGGCACCCACUCGGAAAGCCAUCUGACUGUCUUUGCAAACGGCCACCACAAGCCUUGCCAUCGCAACAACAACACUGCCCAUGUGUCCGGAAUGCCCUACAAGAUUCCGCGUCCACACACCCUGCACGGCCACUCGGCUUUUGCUGCUUUGGCGCAAGACAAUCAUGCUCGCCCCCAGCCAGACGUCCAGACGCAACGAUCCAUGGAUACCCUGUCGCUGUCCAACAACGAGUUUCAUGCCAUGUUUGGCUCUACGCAGCGAUGUGCCGACAAGCCUCCCGUCGCAAGCGCAAGCACCAGUCUCGACGCCUUCGCUUUCAACGACAUGUUCAGUAAUCAGGUUGGUAUGUUUGCUCAGGGCGGUGAUUCUCCCGACAGCAACGUCAGCGAUACGUUUUCCAACCAGCAGUGGCCCUGGAUGACCAAUACAAUGACGCCCGUCACUGGCGCAUUUGCAAUGGGUAGCCUGUCAACGUCGCCUUCGCAAGAUUGUCUCCCAAACCUAGACAAGGACUGGGCUGGCUUUGACCCGCUGUGGUCUGCAACAGACCUCCCACUGGAUCCAAGCAAGUUCAACGACGAACUGGCCCAGCCGACAUCGCACAGCGGAGAGUCCAAGCAAAGCGGUCCAGGCCUUACUGUGGCUUCGUCUACGCAUUCUGAAAUUGGCGAGGGUGGCUUGUUUGGUGACGUCGACUUCAAACCCCCCCAGUCGGCAGCCAGCGAGUCGCUGUUCUGGGAAGAUACUCCUGCGUAUCGCUUCAACCCCUCGGUGCCCAGUGAACCCGUCAACGUGCCCGUGUCCAUGGCCGCAGCUACUUCGGCUCCAAUGACCAACAUGCUUGGGUUUGAGUCGCUGUAUGCCAAGAGCAUUGCUGCUGCACCCGCAACGAUGACGAGCACGGCUUCGUCGGACUUUGCCGAGGCUGGCGCAAUGCAAAUGGGCAGCCAUUAUGAAAGCGGGCUUCCCGUAGACCCGUGGCAACUAGACCAGAGCAAUGGUGCAUUCAGUGCCAUGAGCAACAAUGUUGACAUGUCAUGUUUUGCCAAUAACAACAACAACAAUUGGUUCUAG